UUACAGUCGGAACAGUAGAUAAGUUGUGUUUACGUUCAUAUAAUUUGUUAAAGUCGCGGUCUUCUGUCUCUUGGUUUGAAUAUUUUAAACCAACGCAGGUGUAGCUGCAAAAUAAUCGCUGUCGUUUUGUAUAGAAUUUCGUGUUGUACGAAGAGAGUCGACCGACAAUUGACGGCGCGUGAAUUAUAAAAAUUUAGCUAAAACAAAAAUAAAUAUUGUGCCAUACACGUACUAGUGAAUAAAUAUACUUGUUUAUUACAAUAAUAAUUAUGAAAAAAAAUAUACAUUAUACAUAUUGAAAAAACACUCAGUAAUAAAAGCAAAUUCAAACGUGAAGAAACCUCACCAUAUAGGUGCAUAAAUAAUAUAACUUAAAAAUUACUGUUUGAGAAGACUAAUGCAUAUCGCAUUACCCUUGCUUACUUAUGUUAUAGUCCAUUGUACUAGGUAGUUCAUAAGAAGAAAUGAACCCAAAAAAUGGGUUGUUUUGGCAGUUAACACUAAUAUUAGUGGCAACAUGCGUGCGCUUGAGUAGUAGUCGGGAAUCUCAACUUAGAGUUGGAAAAGCUUUAAAUGUAUUUGUCAGAUUUGGUUAUUUGGGAAUAUCGAUGCGAGUUAUUCCAACCAAUGAUACCAAUGAAGAUGUCAGAUGGCUGUUUAAAGAACCUACCCGAAAUAUAUACAAAGAUUUAAGUCAUUUAGAUGAAAGUCAGGAACAGAAUACACCAGGUAUUUUUCAUGGCGAUUUUCAUAUGGAAUUUUGCGACAAUCGUCGACAACUGUACCAGGCUUAUUUUCGUGACUUCACUAUAGAGCGGUUAGACCGGCCUUGGGAAGCAUUUACUGGUGGAUGGUUUCCUGAUAAUGCUGCUAAAAAACUCGGUAUAAAUACUUCCUUUAUACAAGGCGAUUACUCGUAUGUUCUUGUACGUGUUGUGCGAUUUCGAGAAACAGGCAAAUUUAAGUCAGAAUUACCCAAUAAUUUGACACUUGAAAAUGAUGUGCGGGAAAGGAUGAACGAAAUUGUUACAGGAAACGUUACAACAGCUGUAAAAUUUUUUGAAAAUGUGGGAACACAUUAUAUUAACUCGUAUACAACUGGAAACUCCUUAUAUCAGGUCUUCGUUUACAAUCGCAAAAACUAUCAAAUGAUUAAGGAACGGAUAAAAACAAAAGGCAUCAAUGCUCUAUCUAAACAAGAUCUCUAUCAUUUAUUUGCACCCUGGGUUGCAGAACAUUUGGGCCAAAUACGAUCAGCAAGCGCCAAUAAUACUGUUGAGAGGUGGGCUCGGCGCAAACUUCAAUAUGAAUAUUUACUGGUCAAAUAUGUUACACUACUUAAACUACACGGCAACGGCACUUUGCUUCGAACACUAGACAAUCUCUUAGGGAACGAUGCCAUAUUGCAGCUGGAUUUAAAAUCACUCAACGUUAUAUUUCGGAGCGAACCAGAAAAACAAAAUUGGUUUCAUGAAGUUUUAGACAAUCAUAUGAAGCUAUGGGAAGCCAAUAUGCCACAAAAUUAAAUUCAUUACUUCAAAAAACCAAUAUUCAACCUGUAAAGUUCCUAAAACAUUAAAUAGGAAACGAAAACAUACUGCUACUGCCUUUAGAAACUUUAGUUAAUCCUUCAUCAAUGUAGUUUUUUCGGCUGGUUCACACGUUUUAAUUUAAGUUUAUUCAUAAGAUCAUUAUCAUAUUGAUGCCUGUGAUACUUUUUAGUACAUAAUUUUUAUUAUAUUGUUAAAUAAAUAUACGAUGACACCAAA